GCGUGGGUCCUACCACCAUUAAAGCCACGUCGCGUCCUUAUGACGUCCUCUUUACCCGCUGACCGAGAGGAGGAAAGGAACUUUAAGUCCAGCAUCCAUCCCUAAUCUACAAUGGCCGAGGAAGGCAUUGCUGCCGGAGGUGUGAUGGAUGUCAACACUGCCCUCCCUGAAGUGCUCAAGACCGCACUCAUCCACGAUGGCCUUGCCCGUGGUAUCCGUGAGGCUGCCAAAGCCCUGGAUAAACGUCAAGCCCAUCUCUGUGUCCUUGCGGCCAACUGCGAUGAGCCCAUGUACGUCAAGCUGGUUGAAGCCCUCUGCGCCGAGCAUCAAAUCAACUUGAUCAAGGUUGAUGACAAUAAGAAACUUGGUGAAUGGGUUGGUCUAUGCAAGAUCGAUCGUGAGGGCAAACCCCGCAAGGUGGUGGGCUGCAGUUGUGUCGUAGUCAAGGAUUAUGGCAAGGAGUCUCAAGCCAAGGACGUGAUUGAGGAAUACUUCAAAGCCAAAAAAUGAGACGUGAAUAAAAUGUGGAAAUGAAA